UGAAUGUGUUGAGAUCUCUUGGUACCUUGCUCAAAGACAGUGGGUGGACAAGGGAUCUUGUAGAAGCUGGUGUGGCUUCUUCAGGUAUAGCAGAGUCAUAUAUUUCUGUCUCAGAUGUGACAAGAACAUGCCGAAUUCACCAGGUGACAGCAUGCUGCAUCUACAUGCUCCAGAAGGAAGCUUACUACUUUAGAGAUGAAAAUGAAGAAGCCCAUACUUCUUUAAGUUGGGAAGACUUAUGUGCGGAAAAAAAGCAUGCACUUAUUUAGCCCUCCUUCCCCUGCUGAAGUAGCCAAAACAAAAUUUGUUUUCCUUCACCAAAAAAAUAAGUUAUACAAGAAUCAUUUUUGCCAUUCAUUGCCGUCUAUCUUCACAAUGUAACAUAUUUUUGAACUUUUUACUGCUGGAUUUAAAAGCUCGGACCCUUUUACCUAUGUUUUGAUACCACGAUCAUCCAAAAUGUGAUUAUCAAAUCUCCAUCCAAGUCCAAUACCAAGUCUAAUGGCUUUCAAGGGUGGCCAUCUUGGAAAAUGGCGGCCAUAUUGGAUUACUUACAGGCUUUUUGGGCUUUUUGGAAGAAGUGGGUCCCAAAGAAUAUUUUUGCCAAGUUUGAUGCUUGCAUCACAAAGUGAACGAUUUGUUGACUAAUCUGCCGAACUAUUACGCGAUGUACAUCUACAAAGUUUUGAAGCAGGUGGGUAAUGACGUCGUUAGACACGUGUACCACCGCUCCAAAAAAUUUUUUGUCUUACCAAACUAUUUUUCUCUUGUUUUUUCAGGUCCACCCCGACACGGGCAUCUCGAGCAAAGCCAUGAGCAUCAUGAACUCCUUCGUGAACGACCUCUUCGAGCGCAUCGCCACGGAGGCGUCGCGCCUGGCGCAGUACAACCAGCGCUCCACCAUCACCAGCCGGAGGCUGCUGCUGCCCGGGGAGCACGCCGUGUCCGAGGACAGUGGCACCAAGGCCGUCACUAAAUACACAAGCUCUAAAUGAAACAAGCUGACUUUAUUUUAUAUAUUUUGAUAUGUAGCCUCCUAAAAGAAAGGAACCAGGUUUUUGUAUUUUGAUUUCAUUAUUUUGUUGGAAUAAAUGCAUGCACGUUCACGUGUUGCUGUUGGUUGAUUCCGGGUCUACCCGAGUUUCAUCUCGCGCCGCUAGAUGGAGGUGUAGGCUGCUAUUUUUGUUGAUUAUUUAUUUAUUUAUUUAUUGUAUUUUUUGAUACAUGGAAACAUUUAGCCAUUGUUAAACUGAAAUCGUUUUAACUGUUGACCUACUGAGCAUUUAUAUUCCUUUCUCUGGCCAUUAACACUUUUUUCUAUCAAGAUCUUUAUUCUGCUAUAACAAAUGUUAAAUCACAAGUUUCCAGAACUUGUCAAGCUUAAUUACCUGAAAUAAAUAAAACAAAACUAUAUUUAGAUUCCCGAUUCAGUUGUAUGUAUGGUAUUCUUACUAGAUUCACAACAUUUAUGAAUCA